CGCUUGGGCAGCCAGCGACCCCUGCGCGCACUUGGGAGGGGCAUCCGCCGAAUGGGGCGAGGGGACGCGGAUCCGCGGGGAAGGGGGGAUUCCCUGAUUCCCGGGCCCGCGGCGCUAAGCGCGGCGGCGGCGGCGGCGGCGGCGGCGGCGGCGGCACUGCUGGCCGCCUUGCUCCUGCUGUGGCUUGAGGACGCGGGGCCGGGGGCCGGCUCCAGCAUGGCCAAGACUGAGGCGCUGCCGAAGCUUCGGGAAGACUUCAGGAUGCAGAAUAAAUCUGUCUUUAUUCUGGGGGCCAGCGGGGAAACCGGCAGAGUGCUCUUAAAAGAAAUCUUGGAACAGAACCUGUUUUCCAAAAUCACGCUCAUUGGCCGGAGAAAGCUCACCUUCGAUGAGGAAGCUUAUAAAAAUGUGAAUCAAGAAGUGGUGGACUUUGAAAAGUUGGAUGACUACGCUUCUGCCUUUCAAGGUUAUGAUGUUGGAUUCUGUUGCCUGGGUACCACCAGAAAAAAAGCCGGGGCGGAAGGAUUUGUUCGUGUCGAUCGAGAUUAUGUCCUCAAGUCUGCAGAGCUGGCAAAAGCUGGAGGCUGCAAACAUUUUAACUUGCUGUCCUCUAAAGGAGCUGAUAAGUCGAGCAAUUUUUUAUAUCUGCAAGUUAAGGGAGAAGUGGAAGCUAGGGUUGAAGAAUUACAAUUCGAACGUUACUCUGUGUUUAGGCCUGGAGUUCUCUUGUGUGAUAGGCAAGAAUCUCGUCCAGGUGAAUGGUUGGUUAGGAAGUUCUUUGGCUCCUUACCAGAAUCUUGGGCCCAUGGGCACUCUGUGCCGGUGGCGACUGUGGUUAGGGCAAUGCUGAACAACGCAGUGAACCCAAGUGGCAAGAAGAAGGAACUGCUGGAUAAUAACACCAUCCAUGACCUGGGAAAAGCCGAUGACUCUCUCAAGCCGUGACCACGCUGGGGAAAUGCUUCCCUCUGUAAGAUGCAACACUCCCCACCUAAUUGGUACUCUCGGUGUCUAAAAGAAGUCAUUGUGUCUUAACUGCGGUUUCACUAUUCUCAGCUGCCCAGAUCCAGUAAAAAAAUUAUUGUGUUCUGCAUCAGCAGUGCAGAGCCUGCUUGUAUGUGUAUGUACGUCACCCAGGGAGCUUUUCAAAAGUAGAUUCACAGGCUGUGCCUCAACCUCUGAAUCAGAAUCUUCAGGGUGUGAGCACAGCGAUCUGUUGAUUUGUUUUAGCUUCCCCUGGUGGUUCUGGUGCCACUGGUGGGGAGGCCUGCUUUGAAAGGCUUGUCUGCAGUCAGAGCAGCAGUACAGACCUUUCAUAUUUUGCAGGUGAGUUCUGUUCCAAAAUUGUCCUAUUUGUGUUUCUUAGUUACCCGGUGCUGACUGCUGUAUUUGUGUAAAGGAACAUUGUGCCUUACUACUUCUUUAGAAUAUGUAAUAAAAUGUAUUACAUAACUGAGCUUGUAUAAUCAUGGGGAAAUUAAACAUAGGAAGGAAAAUAAAUGAACAAGUCCCGGGUGCCUCUUAUAUGGUUAGGAAAUGUCCAAGUAUUAGUGGAAAUAUGUAGCAUUUUGGUCAGUUGGGUGGUAUAAUACUGGUUAGUAUUUAUCAAGUGCCAGCCUUUACAUAUGCUAUGUGUCUUGUAACUCUCCAACAAUCCUUAUAAUCCUUAUAGGUUUGAGUAUUAUCCCCAUAUCUUAGAUGGAGAAACUGAGCCUCACUGUGGUUAAGCGCCUUGCCCCAAAGUCCGAAGCUGAAGACCUGAAGCUAGGAAAUGGCAGAGCCAGGAUUCUAACCCAAGUCAGCCUGACUGCAUAGCUUGUAUUUGUAACCGCUCUAUAAAAGCCUCCAGUAUCUGUGUAUUUCCAGGAAGUUCCAUUAAUUGUGACUGGAUUAGUACAUGCUAUGGAUGAAUAAAAUUGAAAUAUGUGGUUUCUUUUA